AUGGGUAAUUUAACACGGAAACAAGAAAUAGCGUUGAAAUGUGUAUGGGCGGCUCUUUUGCAUUGCAGGGCAGUUAAAUGUCAGGAUGAGGAGAAAAGUGAUGUACAGGAAGAAAAUUUAGAUGAAAAAAUACAUGAAAAACUGGAAAUUGAAGGAAAGAAUCAAAAUAAUAAUUAUAAGAAUGGAGCAGAUGUUAAGGAAAUUAAUAAUAGUCUUAAAUGCAAUGGUGAUGAUAAUUUUAAUGACAAUGAACGAUAUGGAUGGACUAAAGCGUUUGGUGAGAUGUUACGGAAGGAGGGGAAAGAAUUAUUAGCGGUAUUUUGGGAAAUGAUAAAGAUGGAUAAUCCAGAUCGGUUAAUGCAAAGAUUUUUACGUGCACGGCGGUGGAAUCAAGAGAAGACAGUAGUAAUGUUAAUAGAGACAUUGCAAUGGCGACGUGAAUUUAAUGUAGAGGGAAUAUUACGUCAUGGCGAUGGAGAUAAGGAGGAACCGGAUGCCGUAAUGUUUUUAAAACAAAUGAAACUUGGGAAAAGUUUUAUCCGAGGAGUUGAUCGAGAAAAUCGUCCGAUUUGUUAUAUUCGUACGCAUCUUCACCGAGCAACAGAUCAGCCAGACACAACAUUACAGCGCUAUAUUGUUUGGCUUAUGGAAAAUGCCCGUUUUAUGAUUUCCUUUCCUGUUGAAACAGCAACAAUUUUUUUUGAUUUAACUAAAUUUUCGUUGAAAAAUAUUGAUUAUGCACCUGUUAAGUUUUUGAUUAAAUGUUUUGAAGCACACUAUCCUGAGAGCAUGGGUAUUUGUAUUGUUCACAAGGCUCCAUGGGUUUUUCAAGGCAUCUGGAAAAUUAUUAAAGGCUGGCUUGAUCCUGUUGUCGUGAAAAAAAUUCAUUUCACUAAUUCAUGCAAAGAACUCGAGGCAUAUAUUGAUAUUUCGCAAUUGAUUAAAGAUGUAGGAGGUAAAGAUGACUGGAAAUAUGUUUAUGUGGAGCCUGUUGAAGGUGAAAAUGAUAAAAUGAAGGACACUGAAACUCGGGACAAAUUAAUACAGGAGCGGACACUUUUAAUUCAGAUGUUUGAAACAUUAACGACAAAAUGGAUAUUAGAAAAGAAUGAAAAAAUAUCAGAUCAAUUAUUGCAUGAGCGUAACCUCCUUGCAAAAGAUCUAUCUCAUAAUUAUUGGAAGCUUGAUCCUUAUAUUCGUGCUCGAUCAUUAUAUGAUCGGAUUGGUGCUAUUUCAGCGGAAACAAAAUAA